AUGGAUGACGACAGCUUCCUAACGGAGACCACCACCGCCACGCCGUGGUUCGCAGAGGGUGAGGGCGAUUCAGAACUUGAUAUAGAGGAGGAGGAUCUUGAUGAGGAACUAGAAGAAGAAGAGGAAUUCACCGAUUUUGACGAAUCCUCACAGGGCUUUUCAGAAUCAGAGUCAGAAGCGAGUGGCCCGGGCGUCCGUAGGCGAGGGGGCGCGGGCGACUCUUUCGCCUUCGCAGCCUCGACCACCUCCACCUCCUCAUCUACCGUCUUUUCUCAGGCGCGAGGUCAGCUGCAGCUGUCGGUGCUGCCCAAGACGCUGCCAUGCCGCGAAGCGGAGCGUAAGAACCUUCACGCCCUGCUCCGUGAUGCCCUCGCCAACAACACCACCUGCAGCAUAUAUAUCUCUGGCGUGCCUGGCACGGGUAAGACUGCCACGGUGCUCGGCAUCGUGCGCGAACUGCAGGAAGAGGUGGCGAAUAAGUUCAUCGAGUUGAACGGAAUGACGAUCGCCGACCCGCAGCGUGCCUACGUCAUUCUGUGGUGGCACCUCAUGGGCCAGCGCGUCUCUGCCAAGGCCGCGCGCCUACGGCUCACCGACUACUUCACCGGCUCGGCCAAAAAGGGCACCUCCAGGCCCAAGAAGAAAUGUGUGCUUCUCGUGGACGAGCUGGAUCUUCUGGUGACCCGCAAGCAGGACGUCAUCUACAAUCUGUUCGAUUGGGCCACGCGCAAGUCCUCCAAGCUGAUCAUCGUCGCCAUCGCCAACACGAUGGACUUGGCGCAGAGGAUGCUGCCCCGCGUGGCGAGUCGAAUGGGCUUCCAGCAAAUCAUGUUCACCUCCUACACGAGGGAUCAACUCGAGCAAAUUGUCAAGGCCCGCUUGGCCUCGAUUGACGCGUUUGACUCAGACGCCAUCACCUGGUGCGCCUCAAAGAUUGCUGCCGUGAGCGGAGAUGCGCGAAGAGCGUUGCAGAUUUGCCGACGAGCUGCCGACAUUGCCGAGCUUGCCUCGGAAAGAGGGAGCAAUCCCUCCGGUCGCGUCAGUGCGGAGCACGUGAGGGGUGCCAUCGAGGAGAUCCACUCGGCGCCGCAGAUCCGCCUCAUCCAGGCUGCCACCCUACACGAGAAGCUGUUUCUGUACAUUUGCAACGCUCUCGGUCGUGAGCUGCCCAACUGCUCGGCGAUCUCGUCCAUCUGCUAUCGACUCGCGUCAUGGGGUCUCCUCGAUGCCGAUCCCGCAAGCAACGACCUGCUGGCGCGGGUGUCGCUGCGCGUGCCGCAGGAGGACGUGGUGUUUGCGAUGCAGAACGAUCCCCUCGUCUCCGAACUCUUCCAACUCAUCAUCCCCUUCCUCUCCGGCUGA